AAAACUUGUAAUUUAAUUGUUUUACCAUCAGAAGUUUUUAUGUUCCAUGUAACUAAAUCUUGAAUUAAUUCUUUUUUACUUAUAACAGAGUUAAUAUAUGAUAUGCCUUUUUGGAAUAAUGUGUGUAUCAUAUCUUUAUAUGAAUUUAAAAAAUGUACAUUUAAGGUUUCCUUGUUUGUUUUCUUAUUACUUUCAAUAAUUUCAUCACUUUUAUUAUUUAAUUCAGAAUUUUCGAAUAAAAAAUUGAUUUUUGAUAUCUUUUCAUCAAGUUUAAUCUUCCAAACAUAUCCAUCGAGAAUUCCAAAUAUAUAUUUGCUUGCAGCUUUAAUGUUAUUUAGAGGAAUUGGUAAAAUUUUGUUUUGAUACUCUUUUGGUAAUUGGAAAUUCUUUGUUAAACGGUCUAAACAUUCUUUC